AUGCGAAGAUGUUGGCCAGUUAUUGGACAGCCUGCAAGGGGUAAGCGUCCAAAAGAACCUGGGGAAAACAAGAUUAGGCCUGUUAACAAAAAAUUAAAACCCAAAACCCCUAAGAUGAAGGAGAGAGAAUCUGCUGACUCCUCUUUGAAGUCCCAGUCCAUACUGACACAGGUGAUGGAUAAAGGUCGUUUCCAGAAACUAGCUGCCACUUUAAGCCUGUCUGCAGGACAAAGCAUAGAACUGCGAUGCAAGGGGAGUAACGUUACUUGGGACUAUCCUUCGUACUUAGACACCUUUAAAGACUCCAGACUCAGCAUAAAGCAGCUUGACAGGUACGGUCAGCUGAUCCUCGCAAACUCCACUGCAGCAGACACAGGUGAAUACAGCUGCUGGCUUCAGCUGUGCAACGGUAACAAAUGCAGGAAGGAUGAGACUAGAACAGGUUCAACGUACAUCUUUUUCACAGAUAAAGAGGAACUUUUUGUGCCUACUCCCAGUUAUUUUGAGAUUGUCUACCUGAACCCAGACAAACCUGCAGUCAUCCCAUGCCGUGUUACUACUCCUUCGGCAAAAGUAACUCUACACAGGGAAUUUCCGGCAGAAGAAAUUGAAACAGAUGGAACUGAUAUUAUUUAUGAUGUGAAGAAGGGUUUUGUCUACCAGCACCCUACUUCUGACCAUAAAGGUAUUGUUUACUGCAAAGCAGAGUCACAGGGAGCACCUCAGAUUUCCAUCAAGUAUCACCUACUCUACGUGGAAGUUCCCAAGGGCCCGCCCUCAACCACAAUCGCGGCGUCAUCCAACAGAGCAGAAGUCAGCGACAGCGUGCAUGUGAUCUGCACCGUGCUUGGGGAGCCCGAUGUAGAUGUGAACUUCAGGUGGCAGUACCCAGGGCAAGAGUCUGAGAGGCCUGUGAUUAUCCAAAACUUCUGGAGACUGAUCAACAGAGGAACUGGACAUACCACAAGAAUCUCAAAAAGUGUUCUUGCUAUUGAGGAUUUUGAAGCCACAGAUGCUGGGAACUACAUCUGUAUAGCUCAGAACCUACAAGGAGAAACAACAGUAGCUACUAAAGUUGACCUAAACUGACAGGAAAGGCUUCUGGACAUAGAACGAACUGUAUGUUAUUUUACAUUUUAGCCAUUUAGUUUCUUUAUUAAUGUUUAAAUGUCAUUU